UUCGUGAACGCAUCUUGAGUGCGGCCCGCUGUGAGCGGUGGAUGAGGGGAGACGCUGAUCCAGCCGGUGGGCGCGCGCGCGCGGGCGAAGAUGGGUAACUCCGACACCAAACUGCACUUCAGGAAAGCGGUGAUCCAGCUGACCACCAAGACGCAGCCCGUGGAGGCCACUGAUGACGCGUUCUGGGACCAGUUCUGGACCAGCGCCAUUUCUGUCCAGGAUGUCUUCGCCUUGGUGCCUGCAGCGGAAAUUCGAGCCGUUCGAGAGGAGUCUCCAUCAAACCUGGCAACCCUCUGCUUCAAGGCCGUGGAGAGGCUGGUCCAGGCUGCGGACUCCGGCUGCCCCUCGGAAAAGGAGCGGCGGAUCGUGGUGAACUGCACCCGCCUGCUCACCCGCAUCCUGCCCUACAUCUUUGAGGAUGCAGACUGGAGGGGCUUCUUCUGGUCCACCAUCCCAGGAGCCAGCAGAGGGGGGUGUUUGGAUGAAGACGUGGAUGAGAAUGAGGCUCGACCGCUGGCUGAAUCCCUGCUGCUGGCCGUCGCCGACCUCCUCUUUUGUCCAGAUUUUACAGUCCAGAGCCACAAGAAGAGCGGCACGGACCCUGCUGAAGAAAUCCGCUCCAUCGACAGCUGUGAAUACAUCUGGGAAGCCGGGGUGGGAUUUGCUCAGUCGCCUCCUCUCAACUACGUCCACGACCUCCACAGGACUGAGCUGCUGAAGCUGCUGCUGACGUGCUUCUCUGAAGCCAUGUACCUCCCUCCCUCCUCUGACAGCAAAGUCAUCAACCCCUGGGUGGCCUUCUUCUGCUCUGCAGAAAACAGACACACCCUGCCUCUCUUCACAUCCCUGCUCAACGUGGUCUGCGGCUACGACCCCGUGGGUUACGGCGUCCCGUACAACCACCUGCUGUUCUCCGACUCCCGCGAGCAGCUGGUGGAGCAGGCGCUGCAGGUCCUGGUGGUCGCUCUGGAGCACGAGGCCGGCUCGGCCGCAAGCUCCGCCCUUCAGGCUCUGGACGCUUCUGCGUCGCCCACAGCUGACGAAGAAGAGAAAGGGCCAGCUGGACCUGACAACCUUUUUGUGAAUUACCUCUCCAGGAUCCACAGAGAAGAGGACUUGAGCUUCAUCCUCAGAGGCUUAACUCAGCUGCUCAACAAUCCUCUGAUUCAAACCUACCUCCCUCGAUCCACCAAGAAGAUCCAGUUCCACCAGGAGCUGCUGAUUCUUUUCUGGAAGUUCUGCGACUUUAACAAGAAGUUCCUGUUCUUUGUUCUGAAGAGCAGCGACGUGUUGGAGAUGCUCGUUCCAAUUCUCUUCUACCUGAACGACGCAAGAGCCGAUCAGUCUCGCGUGGGUCUGGUGCACAUCGGCGUCUUCAUACUGCUGCUGCUGAGCGGAGAAAGAAACUUUGGCGUUCGCCUGAACAAGCCCUACACGCUUCGUGUCCCUAUGGACAUUCCAGUGUUCACAGGGACCCACGCCGACCUGCUCAUAGUGAUCUUUCACAAAGUCAUCACUAGUGGACACCAGCGGCUCCAUCCUCUGUUCGACUGCUUGCUCACCAUCAUUGUGAACAUUUCCCCUUAUCUAAAAAGCCUGUCCAUGGUGGCAGCCAACAAGCUGCUCCACCUGCUGGAGGCCUUCUCUGCCCCCUGGUUCCUCCUCUCUGCUCAGCGGCAUCACCACUUGGUCUUCUUCCUGCUGGAGGUUUUCAACAACAUCAUCCAGUACCAGUUUGAUGGCAACUCCAACCUGGUGUACGCCAUCAUCCGUAAGCGUAACGUUUUCCACCAGCUAGCCAACCUGCCAACUGACAAGGAGUCUAUUCAGAACGCCCUGCAGAGGAAAAAGCCAGGGGUCUCCAGGGUCAACUCUGCAGACAGUGAAGCCACAGAGGACUCUAAGCCGGCGGAGCCUGCAGAGCCGGGAGCACUCAAAGCCAGUUUGGAGGCCACUCCGGGAAUUGAUAAGAUUACAGAGAAGGCUCAGGUGAGCAAAGACGGGACGAUGGUCACGGUGCCACACUCCCCCUGUGACGGCAGCGCCAUCGACGGAGCCAGCGACACAGAGUCCAACUCCGAGAGAGAUCCAGAGGCCCACCGCUCUUCCAGGAGUCGGAUGUCCAGCGUCUCCUCGGUGUCCGUCUGGAGCGCCAGUCCAGACUGGCUGCUGUCGUGGAAAACCAGGCUUCCCCUUCAGACCAUCAUGAGGCUGCUCCAAGUCUUGGUCCCACAGGUGGAGAAGAUUUGCAUCGACAAGGGUUUAACGGAUGAAUCAGAGAUCCUUAAAUUCCUGCAGCAUGGCACGCUGGUGGGCCUCCUACCCGUCCCCCACCCCAUUCUCAUCAGGAAGUACCAAGCCAACGCGGGCACAGCCAUGUGGUUCCGGACCUACAUGUGGGGGGUCAUUUACUUACGAAACGUGGAUCCUCCGAUCUGGUACGACACAGACAUACGACUGUUUGAGAUCCAGAGGAUCUAGUGACGCUGCUGAGAAGAAUCUUUUGGCUUGACACACACGCCAUCACCCCUGGACUGAGAGAUGACUGUAAAUGUCAAUGAGCUGGCUUCUAGAAAGAUGACGAGCAUCGAUGUGUGACCGUCCGGUUCUGAUUGUAGCACACGUGGAACCUGUUUGACUUCAUUAAACCCAACAUUCACUGGA